AUGGAUAAUCUCAAGGAAUUACUUGCACCAAAAACAUUUAACAGAGUCAGCCAUGCCGCAGUUGUUGUUUGGAUUCUAAUCGGUGUAAUCUUCCUUGGAAUUUUUGCAGACGCAGAAAGCAGCGAAUCCAGGUAUGAUUUCCGCUGUGGCGGGGCAAACAGUGAAAACAUCGACCUUGUACGUGGAAGAUGUUUCGAGUUAUACGAGAAGCAGUAUAACAAACACGAUGUUGCUACCUAUGGCUUCGUCACCAUGAACUUUUUCCUCAUUGCAACUGUCUGUGCUAUUUACUCCCAAAUAGCGAGCCCUACAGUCGAUCGACUGUCGACAAGCGCUCGGAACGAUGAUCUCGAGAGACAGUCGCCCGACCAAGAGAAAGCUGGAAAAAAGCUCUUUAUCGCUUACUGCUCUCAGCUUGUCGCAAGGAUUGUUUUAGGAGUUCUCUUUAUGGUCCUACAAACUCAGGUUCUUUACCCUCGGGACUUUCCCUCCAGCUUUUCUUGUCAUCUAACCUCUGAGGGGAAUCAGCCAAGGAAUUCUACUGGCGUUAUGCAAAACUCCACCUUAACCUUGCACGAGUGUCAUAAUCAGCGAGCAACUAAGAAAAACUCUUGGAUGCGCGCUGUUCUUAUCGUGAACGGGAUUUUUCUCUUUGGAAUUCUGAUGGAAACCGUCUAUAUUUUGCUACGUGCGUGGAAAGAAAACAGUUUCAUGAAAAAUUCAAACUUUCUAAAAGCUCACCUGAAUCCCUUCCAUGGCAACUCACAAAAUGCUACCACCGCGACCGCAUUAAAACCAGAUCCUGAAAAACCCCGAAAACCACCGCUUCAGGAAUUCAUCGAGAAUACAAAGAGAAUUAUUAAAGAAGAGACAAAUAAACCUCCCCAACUCCGGUCGCCUUUUUCAAGUACUCACGGCGAAGGACGCCCAGCUAAACAUUUGACUCUGGAUCAGAUUUACACUAAACUUGUCGUUGUUCCAGACAUGGCUAAUUAUGACUUUACUGGAGACAGACAGCAGAAACUCGAAGUCUACGCCAGAUCGGGUGAGAAAAGCACAACACCUAGAGGGCCGGAGGACAUUAUUAACCACGAAAACAAAAAAGUGUUGAUUGUUGGUCGUCCCGGAAUCGGAAAGACACUUUGUUGUUCCAAAGUUCUCAGGGACUGGGCAUUAAACAAAGUAUUUCAUAAAACAUCUGAUGCUAAACUCCAUUUUGAUGCUUCUUUCUUCAUCAAAUUCAGAGCAUUCAACGCUGCAGCCGACCUAAGCCUCAGGGAACUGCUCACUUUGUCAGAACAUUCCCCCUCAAAACACAUGGAUGAUGAAGUCUGGAAUUACGUCCUUGAGAACCCCCAGAAAGUUCUCCUUGUUUUCGAUGGAAUCGAUGAAUUUAAACAGAAUUCAAAGAUCGGCGAGGAAAAUUUCGAUCCUAAAUUCAGAAACCAUGUAGACGAGAAGAUGCCUUUGUCUGCUCUUUACGAGAAGCUUGCGUCUGGGAAACUUCUCAACGGAGCUGCCGUUUUGACAACCACAAGACCGACGGCUUUGUCAUGCAUUGAACGUCUUUCUUUCGACAAAGUCUUUGAGAUCCUCGGCUUCUCAUCCGAACAAGUCGAAGAAUACGUAACCAAAUUUGCCGAAGAAGACAAGCAUGCGGGCGAAACAAUAUGGCGACACAUCGGCGGCAACAGGAACAUUCUCUCUCUAUGCUAUAUUCCUGCGAGUUGCUUCAUCAUUUGCUCAAGUCUAUUUCAAAUGGUGAAGUUCUAUGGUUCUAAGAGUCUAAGCCUACCAACGAAAUUAACAGAUAUUUACAAGAAAGCAGUGAAAAUUUUUUACUUAGGCCACAACGAAGAAUUCCGUGGCAAGUAUUUCACCCGUGAAGACUUUGAAUCAGACGAUUUGCCCCCUGAAGUGGAAGAGAAAUUCGAGAAACUGGAAAAAAUGGCAUUUGAUGGAAUUAAAGAAGGAAGGCUAGUCUUUGGAGGAAAUGAAGUACGCGGAAUGGAAGACAGCGCUCUUUUUCACCGCUUACUUGACCGUGAUACUGCUGCGUUAAAACGUGAAAAACAAUUCUGUUUUAUCCAUUUAACAAUGCAAGAGUUUUUCGCUGCGAGGCACCUAGCGAACAUGAGUGAAACAGAAUUGAGGAACUUUGUUUCAAAUAACAUCGAGGACGGAAAAUGGCAGCUGGUUUUUCAGUUUCUAGCAGGACUAAUGAACGAGGAAGAAAACCUACCGAGUGAAAUCAUCACAGACCUUCUUCCUGUAGAAACUGAAGAGAAAGAAAGCCAGUUCUACGACGAAGAGUGGCCAGAGGAUACGGAGCCAAGGGAAGUAAUGUGUUGGCCUACUAAAGACAAAAAAUAUUUAGCAGUGACAUUAUUUAAAUGUGUUAACGAAAACAGUGAGAUGGAGGAAAUAGUUCAGAGAAAACUACAGCAUAUUAACUUUAUUUCGGUAGAUUUUGUUGAUUGUCAACUCACACCUGUUGAUUGUGCUUCAUUGGUUACUGUAAUUAAGAAUGUUCAACAAAUUUCACAUUUAAAUUUGGCUCACAAUAACUUUGGUUCAUUAGGUUGUUUUGAGAUUUGUAAGUUGUUAAAAUGUAGUAAAUCUCAACUGAGCUGGUUAGGCCUCACAGGAAAUCAAUUGACAGAUAAAGCAGCAAAGUAUUUAGCUGAAGCCAUCAACAACAACAACUGUCAGCUACGCACGUUACACCUCGAAGGAAAUAACAUCUCACACGUUGGAGCACAGCACUUGGCUGACGCCAUCAACAACAACAACUGUCAGCUACGCACGUUAAACCUCUCAAUAAAUAACAUCUCACACAUUGGAGCACAGCACUUGGCUGACGCCAUCAACAACAACAACUGUCAGCUACGCACGUUUAACCUCUCAGUAAAUAACAUCUCAGACAUAGGAGCACAGCACUUGGCUGAAGCCAUGAAAGACAACAACUGUCAGCUACGCACGUUAAACCUCUACAGAAAUAACAUCUCACACAUUGGAGCACAGCACUUGGCUGACGCCAUCAACAACAACAACUGUCAGCUACGCACGUUAAACCUCUCAUACAAUAACAUCUCACACAUUGGAGCACAGCACUUGGCUGAAGCCAUCAACAACAACAACUGUCAGCUACGCACGUUAAACCUCUCAUACAAUAACAUCUCACACAUUGGAGCACGGCACUUGGCUGAAGCCAUCAAUAACAACAACUGUCAGCUACGCACGUUAAUCCUCGAAGGAAAUAACAUCCCACACAUUGGAGCACAGCACUUGGCUAAAGCCAUCAAAAACAACAACUGUCAGCUUCGCACGUUAAACCUCACACACAAUAACAUCUCACACAUUGGAGCA